AUGAUUUUCCCGAGCCUGUGUGGUCAUCGUAGUCACCUCAGAGCUCACAGACAGCUGAAGCAUUUGGAUAAAGAAUUUACCUUGCUUGCUUUUGAGGAAAUAUGUGCUCUUCCAGCAAUUCCCACCGAAUAUGAAGAAAUAGACCUUGAAACAGGAAUCCUGGAAACAAAAAGAGAUCCUGUUCCUUUGGAUGAUAUUUAUCCAGUUCACAUGAUUCUAGAUAAUAAAGAUGGCAUACAAGGUUCCUGCCAGUAUUUUAAAGAGAGAGUAAAUAUUACUGAUCAAAUAAGGACGAAGGAUUUGCAGCCUUGUUGUACUUACACAGAAGCUGUUGAAAAAUGGGGAGAGAAACUAGUUAUUGUUGCUUCCCAAGACCAGCGUUAUAGAGCUUUAAUAGGCUGGGAGGGAGAUCCCGACUUGAAACUCCCUGACUUCUCCUAUUGCAUAUUGGAGCGUUUAGGUCGUGCUCGGUGGCAAGGAGAGCUUCAGAGGGACCUUCACAGCGGAGCUUUCAAGGUGGAUGCUGGAAAAAUUCAUUAUCACAGAAGAGUAUUGGACAGAAAUGGUCUCAUAACAAUGCAGUCCCAUGUCAUAAGACUACCAAGUGGAGCACAGCAGCACUCCAUUCUCUUGCUUCUGACUCGUUUUCAUGUCGAUAGGCGGAGUAAAUAUGAUAUUCUGAUGGAGAAGCUCUCAAGUAUGCUAAGUACUCGUUCAAACCAGAUGGAAACAUUAGGAAACUUGAGGGAAGAAUUGGGUCUUUGUGAAAGAACUUUCAAGCGCCUGUAUCAAUACAUGAUGAAUGCUGGCCUAGCCAAGGUAAUAUCUAUCCCUUUACAAGAUAUACACCCUGAUGGGGGACCCCACAAGACAAAGAAAGGGACUGAUGUCAUGGUCCGUUGCCUUAAAUUGCUAAAGGAAUUUCGAAAGAAAAUGGAAGAUUAUCAUGAUGAUGAUGAAGAAGAGAUCAUCACAAAAGCUGUUCCGCCUGUGGAUAUUGUUUGUGAAAGGGAUAUGCUUACCCAAGCUUACGAGUUAAUUGAAAGCAGGGGAACCAAAGGUAUUUCUCAGGCAGAAAUUCGAAUGGCUAUGAAUGUGGGGAAGUUAGAAGCACGAAUGCUCUGUCGUCUUCUGGAGAGAUACAAAGUUGUCAAGGGUUUUAUGGAGGAUGAAGGUCGGCAGAGGACAACAAAAUAUAUUUCAUACAUUUUUGCAGAAGAGAGCGAUCUAAACCGUCAGUUUGAGAGAGAGAAGGCUCGGAGUGAGCAGUUGGCUACAGUCACUCUGGGUCUAGUGCCAGAAGAUUCCCCCCCUGUGGAAGAUGUGUCUCCUGGAGAAGACGACACCUUUCUCUCAGAGUCUGACAAUGACGAGGUGAAAUACAGCAAGAAGAAGGGAAAAGGUCAGAAGGCCAACGCAAGUUCUCUGUUGAAAUUAAGUUUCCAAGGUGGUCCCAGUCAGUCAACACCAACUAAAGGCUCAAAGCCAGCAGCUGUGAAGUCUGUAGGGAAGAAGCUGCCUUCCCCUUGUAUUCUGGAAGAGUAUGAGCCACCAGACAACUUCGCAGGGGAGAAUUCUGCUUUGGAAGCUCUGAAGCAGGAGCCCAAUCUUUCCACCUGUGCUCAUUCCGCUGAUGAAGAUGGGGAUGUGGCUGUGGUUGAGGAGGUCAAACUUGAAGACCCCAAGAUCUGUGGCCAAAAGAAGGAAAAGCGAUCCCGAGCAACAGCAGUGGAGCGCUCCCAUGAGACGUACCGGCUGCUGAAGCGUCGCAAUCUCAUCGUGGAAGCUGUCCGGAACCUCCGGCUCAUCGAAAGCUUGUUCACGCUUCAGAAAAUGGUCAUGGAUCAAGAGAAGCAAGAAGGUGUCUCUACCAAAUGUUGCAAAAAGUCUAUCAUCCGACUGGUGCAGAGGCUCUCACGAGAAGGACUCCUCCGACUCUAUCAUACUACAGUCAUUCAAGAUGGCAUUAGUAAAAAGGUAGAGUUUGUCGUUCAUCCUUCUGUGAGUCCUAAUGAUCCCCUUGUAAAAAGUGCCAUUGAGCAGGUGCGUUUCCGAAUAUCCAACUCAAGCACAGCAAACAGGAUUAAAGUGCCCCAGACACCAACAUCCCAGGAGCACGCUGAUGACGAAAACUUGGGGCAAGAGGCCGUCCCUGAUUCAGGAGAAACGGAAGAAAGUUCUUGUAAAGCUGAAAAUAAUAAUCGGGCAAGGAAAACUGAUGAAAAAAUGGGCAUAACACAGUUAAAAAAUUACCACCCUGUUACAGUUCCAGGGCUUGGGCGUUCUCUUGGUUUUCUUCCCAAAAUGCCCCGUUUAAGAAUGGUCCACUUGUUCCUCUGGUACUUGAUUUAUGGUCACCCUUUAAACGGAACACGACAAAAAGUAGGCAGUGAUGGUGAGAAAAAAGCCAACAAGCAAGGGCUGGACAUGAAUGCUGCAGCACUUCAAGCCCAACCAGAGGGCACAGAUGGGACUGCACAAACUACGACAACUGUGGUGAAUCCUGAGAACACUGCACAAGAGACUGAAGUAGAAUUGUCUAAUGAAACAGUGUAUGUGGAUGAUGCGACAUGGAUGCGCUAUGUCCCUCCUCUCCCGGUUCACAGAGAAUUUGGAUUCGGAUGGGCUCUUGUUAGUGACAUUCUGCUCUGCUUGCCCCUCUCCAUCUUUGUGCAAAUAGUGCAAGUCAGCUACAAGGUUGAUGGCCUUGAGGAUUUUUUAAACGAUCCUCAGAAAAAGCACACGCUGAUCAGAUUCCUUCCAAGGUCAGUCCGACAACAGCUUCUCUAUAAAAGGAGGUACAUCUUUUCGGUGGUAGAAAAUCUUCAAAGAUUAUGUUAUAUGGGACUAGUUCAGUUUGGUCCAACAGAGAAGUUUCAAGACAAAGAUCAGGUAUUUGUGUAUAUGAAGAGAAAUGCAGUGAUUGUUGACACCACUAUCUGUGACCCUCACUAUAACCUGGCUCAAAGCAGUCGCCCAUUUGAGAGACGUUUAUACAUCCUGAGCACCAUGCAAGAUGUGGAAAACUUCUGGUUUGAUUUGCAAUGUGUCUGCCUUAAUACACCAUUGGGGGUUGUCCGUUUUCCUCGCACAAAGAAAAGUAAUCAAGGAAAGGAGACCAGCACUGCACUAGAAGCAGAAAUGGAGCAAGAGUCAGCAGUGGAUAAACACAAUCUGGAACGGAAGUGUGCAAUGUUGGAAUAUACCAC